AGAAACAGCAGCGAGAGUAAAAACAUCGCCCGAUUGUGUGCUUUAGUUUCUCCUUCUCCUUAAGCUUGGUCAAGGGCAAAUGCAAGUAUAGAAUAAUAUACAUCGGGUUAAGCGGCGACCUCGAGUUGAAAGCUGUGUAUAAUAAGGGAUAGGAAAAAUUAGGGCUCGGGAGGGACUGAUGAGAGUCUACAUUGGAGAUUUGCUCGUGUCCGUGAGUGGUGGCUGUUGGAAUCGGAGGUGGUUGCGGUGAAGCACGGUUUGCAACAGGGACAGAAGACUUUAGUCUUUAGUCCGUUUAGGACACAGUGUUUAACUGUCAUAUACAUAUUUAAGCGUGAAAGGAAAUUGACGUUGAAAAGGGCGUUAAGCACACCAUGUACAGACGUCACAUUUGAUAUUAUAUUAAUAUUGUUUUUAAUUCCUGUCACAGCUGUUGUUGGCCAGCAGUUAGGUUUCACAGAGUAGAUAAGCUUGGCAGAGCAACGGAACAUCAACCAGAGAAAGGAUACUAAUGGAGUGAUACACUGUUCAAAAGUUUUGGUAUGUCAGUAUUAAGUACACCUAUAACCAUCUUAGUCUCUGUCAUGUGUUGAUAAUUUUUGUACUGGAUCUUGUGGAUACUGAAAAAUGUACUACGAAAAGUUUAUCAGCUUUAUUUUGUGGUACGUGUGUCUGAAGCUAGAAAUUUGACAAUACGAGUGGCGAGAUUAAACUAAUUUGGUAACAAAGGGCCAUCAGAAUAGGCAGAAGUAGGCAAAAUAGUGGACGAGGGGGCGGAAAACAACGAGGCGGAAUGACGCGGCCUCCUAACAAUGAUAAUCUUAUGACGUUUAAGCUGGUGGUGGUUGGAGAUGGAGGCGUCGGAAAGAGUGCUCUGACAAUACAGUUUUUCCAAAAACUUUUUGUCACUGACUACGACCCUACUAUCGAAGAUAGUUACAUCCAACACACCGAAGUCGACAAACAAUGGUGCAUUUUGGAUGUGCUAGAUACUGCCGGCCAAGAAGAAUUCAGUGCCAUGCGAGAGCAGUACAUGCGAAAAGGCGAUGGAUUUUUAUUAGUUUACUCUGUAACAGACAAACAAUCUUACGAAAACAUCGUUAACUUUUACACUCAGAUUCUGCGAGUCAAGGACAGAGAUGUGUAUCCUAUGCUGCUGGUCGCCAAUAAAGUUGAUCUUGUUCAUCUGAGAAAAGUUACUGAGGAACAAGGCCGAGAGCUAGCUCAUCGUCUAGGAAUUCCGUAUAUUGAAACAUCAGCAAAAGAUCCACCGCUAAAUGUCGAUGCAGCUUUUCAUGAGGUCGUACGUAUAAUACGGAAUCAACCGCCCACGGACUUUGAUAAGAAACGACGGAAACGACGACGUUCCAGCAAGUGCAAUGUACUGUGAGCCUUGAAUAGCGAUAUACUUCGUACCAAGUACUGAAAAAUAUGUUGAAUCAACGAGUAUGAUAAUUUGCUAUUCAACUAACAUAAUAUUUUUUCCACAAGGACUUUGGUAAUAAAUUUUUAAAAGUCCUGCUAAGGUAUUUUUAAUUAUAAUUAUUAUUACCAUUUUUA